GGGAGAAUUCGGUCUUUGAUUUGUUUGGGAGGAGUCACAACCGCUUUUGGGUCUUCUUUACAAAGGAUGAACCGGAGCUAGGUCUGGGAACACUGUGUAACGCAACAUCACGGGAUAGAUUCAAGGAAACACUGACCACGGAUUCUGCUCGGUGUCUUCACUUCGCGUGCUGUUAGGAGGAAACGGCAUCAAAUUUAAUCAAAUUAACUAGCGUACAAUGCGAUAGUGUUGCCUAGAGACUCGGAUAGAGAUCCAGACAGAUUUCAGACGGAGAAGCAAGCCCACGGUGCACAGAUCACGCAAAGUUGAGUUGGAUUCGUGUCGAACAAAAAACAAACUGAGAAGAUGUCCAAACCGAAUUAUACUGGCAUUUACAACAUGGUUUCCCAGGAAAAUUUUGAAGAAUAUCUCGCUGCUUUGGAUGUUAAUUAUGCAUUAAGGAAAGUGGUCUGCAUUCUGAAACCCAGCAAACAUAUUGAGCAUGAUGUGAACACAGGCAAAAUGACGAUUAAGACCGUCACCACCUUUAGGAACUUUGACAUGGACUUCACUUUGGGACAGGAGUUCACUGAGGACCUGGGACCAGUCGAUGGGCGAAAGUGCCAGACCACAGUGGACUGGGACGGUGAUAAAUUGGUCUGUGUCCAGCGAGGAGAGAAAGAGGGCAGAGGCUGGACACACUGGCUAGAAGGAAACCUCCUCCAUUUGGAGAUGAGGGUUCAGGGUGUCACUGCCAAGCAAGUCUUUAAGAAGGCUGAGUGAAGAUGGAGAGAAGAGAGGGAGAGAAAACAGAGGGGCCAUUUGCUGGGGGGUUGAGCUCAGGGUUCAGAAAGAGGUCAUAUCACAACAGUGAUUUGUCUCUGAGCCACAACAAAUAGUGUUUUAAUGGAGACUACAAAUGAUGAAAUUGGUUCACUUUCUAUAAAACUCUUAUCAGCAUUUACAGCAGUUUCCCCUUCACGGCUGCAGUCAAACCAAAACACAAAGUUCAAAUGAGAUCACAACAAUAGAGCCCUGUUGCCCUCUGUGAACAUUCAGGAGUGGUACUGUAAAAUAUGGAUUCAUGGCACCCUAAUACUGUAUUAUGCAGAUAUGUUUACAGUAAGCAAAAGUAAGGUUUAAAUGAGCCAGUGGUUUAGCUGGUCAAGUACAGCUUGGAAUUCUUUAUUGCUAAAUUACAUUUAAUUUCUAGUGUCCAUCCAAUAAUGGAUUUGUUUUAAUCUGUGUGAUAGGAUUUUGAUUAAUAGCAAUAGACAAACUAAAAAUGUCAAAAAAAUCUGAAACAUGUGGUCUGAAAUGUGUCAUGUAGUUUUAUUUGUCCACUGUAGAAUAUAACAUUUGUAUUACCAUAA